AUACUAUUGGGUUAACUGUGAAACACUGUGGGCCGUGUACACACAGUACGUCCACACAUAGAUAUCCACACAAUACUCACUUUUAUCCUGUAAACUCCUGUUGUGUUCCAGCUUGUGAUGUUUAACUAAUAUCUCUAACAAUGCAGGACUUUUUUGUACCGACACGAGUUAAAGAAGGUUUUAUUCAUUUGUAGACUCGGGGCCUCGGGCCUGUUCAUCCCGUGAGCUGCUGCUGACUGUGAGCUUCAUCGUCAUCAUCACGCUGCUCAUCACCUCUGCUCUCCUCGGUAACCCGCUGUGACUCACACACACACACACACACACACUCUGGCUCAAUGGGCUUUCUUUAAAGCAUUCAAAUGAUUAAUCAGCAAAACCGAGAAGCUAUAAUACAUAUUUAUGUGUAUUACGCUUGGCGUUAGUUUUGAACAGGGAAUCUGUCACCGGGGGUUUUCUGCAGCUCAAUUAUUCACUAUUCAAAAUGAACUGUGUUCGUUGUGACGCCUUUUCCCCUUGUCUCUUGGAAUCAGUGAAGUUCCUGGUAUUCCCCUUUAAGUCUGGAGGUCCGUCUCCUCUCUGUGGAGCAAAGGGGAACUGCAGUGCAGCGACCCAGUCCAUUCUGUCCAAGAAUCCAGUGAACCAGACGGACCUCGGCACUGCAGACUGCCCAGUCCUGCUCAGUGAUGGCCGACGUAUCGUCGGGGGCACGUUGGCGGUCAGGGACAAGUGGGCCUGGCAGGUCAGCAUGCAGUGGAGAGGGAAACACUUGUGUGGAGGCGCCAUCGCCUCCGCUCGCUGGGUCAUCACUGCGGCUCACUGCUUUGCUCAGAACAACAUGCUGGUGGCGGCCGACUGGCUGGCGGUGGUGGACACGGUGAGCAUCGCUGACAGCUCCCAGGGGAAACACUACAGAGCGCUGCAGAUCCUCCACCACCCUCUCUACGACAGCUACAACAACGACUACGACGUGGGCCUGCUGCGCACCGUCACCGCCAUGGACCUGAGCGGAGGCGGUGCGCGACCCGUCUGUCUGCCCGGUCCGAGCGAGUCCUUUCCUCCUGGAGCGGCCUGUUGGAUCACUGGCUGGGGAUACACUCAUGAAGGAGGCUUCGUGCAAGACGAGCUGAGGCAGGCUCAGGUCAAGGUAAUAGCUCAGACCGCCUGCACCGACCCGAGCGUGUACGGCAUGUACCUGACCCCUCGGAUGAUUUGUGCCGGCACCUUGGACGGAGGCGUGGACACCUGCCAGGGAGACAGCGGUGGACCCCUGGUGUGUGAGACAGCCGGGGGGGACUGGAGGCUCGCCGGGGUGGUGAGCUGGGGAGAGGGCUGCGGAAGGCCCAGCAAACCGGGCGUCUACAGCAGACUGACCCAACUCAUCCCCUGGGUUAGAGGACAGAUGGAGGACAAACCGGGAGGAUUGGAGAUCACAACGGCCAUUAGCAACACCUCACAAGCACAUGACGCUUAUAACUGAAGACAAUUAACAAUAAAGAAUCGGGAAUCAACUGUAUCUGCUUGUGUUUUAUGCAACCAUAAUAAAUAAAUAAUAUCAUUAUGACAAUAGUAACAAGUAAUAUCUUCGUCAAAAAAGGAUCCUUCAAAAAAUGUAAUUUAAGAUAAAAAUAACAAAUAUGUCUCUAAUACCUUUCAGUAAUAUUGAGGCUAACAAACAAACAAAAAGUCUAGUAUUGACUCAACAAAAAAGUAAAUAUUUUGUUUUUUGUUGGGCUAAAAGUUACACCAACAUGCUCACACAUUUAAUAUCAUUAAAUAUA